AUGGCUGCCUUCAAAGCCUGGAAGCAGCAUCUCAUGGAGACGCUGAAAGCUAAAUUCCCCCUUAAUGCUUUGCUGUUCAUCCAGGAGUCACAAGCAGACUUUGCCCCCUAUUUCUUCGACAAUGGACCCUACAGCCACAAUGGGAACAUGGCACUGUUUAGCCUCUCUGAGGACACGGCUAUCGGUACACAGAUCUAUCGUCUCAAUGGCACAGAUCCUGAAGGCCAGGAGGUGAGGUAUGGCCUUUCCUUUGACCCAGGGUCCAGAGAGUAUUUCAGGGUCGACCCUGUAUCUGGAAACAUCACAUUGGUGGAACCGUUGGACAGAGAGAAACAAGAUUCUAUUGACGUUCUUGUCAGCAUCACGGACGGACAAAGCAAGGUUGUGGAAAGAGUCACAAUAUUUGUCAUGGAUACAAACGAUGAAAAACCUGAAUUCUAUAACAUGCCGGCAAUCAUUGAUGUACUGGAAACAACUGCGUCUGGCAGCAGCAUUUACAAAGUCGAGGCAGUAGACAAAGAUACAGGCUCAGGUGGCUCCGUCAACUACUACCUCCAGAAUUCUCAGACCACUUUAUUUGCCAUCGAUAGACACAGUGGUGUCCUACGUAUCAAAUCUGGAGAAACGUUGGACUAUGAGAAAACAAAGACACACUUUAUCACUGUUUUUGCAAAGGAUGGUGGGGGUCAUUUUAAUGGCAAGGAGCAGUUUAUGUCAUCCUCUUCUACCCUAACAAUCAAUGUGAUCGAUGCACAGGAUACUCCACCAUCAUUUAUUGGAACUCCAUAUUUUGGCUAUGUUUAUGAAGUCUCAGUGCCAGGAUCUGAAAUAUUUACUGUGGUAGCCAAAGAUGGUGACGUGGGAAACCCAAAUCCAAUCCGUUAUUCCUUUGAGGAUGGUGACAAUGGUGAUUUUCGCAUCAAUAAAACAACAGGUUGCAUCACCCUGCUGACUCUCCCCAUUUAUCUGAGGAGAGAAAUCUUUAAUAUUAAAGUCAAGGCCUCAGAAGUAAGCCCAGAAGGCAGACUCUUGGACUAUGGGGUGACCACGGUUGUGAUUCGUGUGGUAGACCUGAACAAUAAUCCACCUACUUUCUACGGAGAGAACGGCCCACAGAACAUGUUUGAGUUGACCAUGUAUGAGCAUCCGCCAGAGGGAGAGAUUCUCCGGGGGCUGAGAAUCACUGUCAAUGACUCAGAUCAGGGCGCGAAUGCUAAAUUUACUCUGCGACUGAUCGGACCAGGAAGGAUGCUGCGAGUCGUCCCUCAGACUGUACUCAAUGAAGCCCAAGUAACAAUCUUAGUGGAAGACUCAGCUGCCAUGGACUAUGAGAAACAUCAUUUUCUCACAUACAAGCUACUUGCAGUUGAGAUUGAUACGCCUGAGAGAUUCAGUGCCACAGCAGACAUUGUCAUUCAUCUCCUGGACACCAAUGACAACGCUCCCAAAUUCUCCUCCGAUUACUACAUCGCCAGAAUUCCAGAAAACUCACCUGGUGGCUCCAAUGUGGUGUCAGUCACGGCAACAGAUCCAGACUCAGGCCCUUGGGGUGAGGUGAAGUACUCUAUCUACGGAUCAGGGGCUGACAUGUUCCUGAUCCAGUCUGCAUCUGGGAUCAUCUACACCCAGCCCUGGGCGAGCCUGGAUGCAGAGGUGAAGUCCAAGUAUAACUUCUAUGUGAAGGCAGAGGACGCAGAGGGGAAGUACAGUCUAGCUGAGAUCUUUGUGACAGUGCUGGACCUGAAUGACCACCCACCUGCAUUUAAUGACAACUUCCUCGAGACAACUAUGGUGAUUGGAGCACCAGUGAAAAUCGAGGCUAUGGACGAUGAUGCAGAAGUACCAAACAAUGUUAUUGAGUAUGCCAUCAUGAAAGCUGAGCCAGACAACAACAUCUUUGACAUAAAUGCUGAGACGGGGGAGAUCAUGCUCAAGUCCUACAUCAAGUCAAUGGCCAUCAUUAAGAACAUCACCAAGCAGAGAGACUGCACCUGGUCACUGGUGGUGCAGGCCCGGGACCGAGGCCAGCCGUCCUUUAGCACCACUGCAGUCAUCAAGAUCGACAUCACUGAAGCUACCCAACUCAAUGGGGGCCCAUUGGGAUUUUUGAUGCAGAGUAGAAACAAGCCUUUGCGAAUCCUAGGCAUGCUUGGUGGUCUUAUUAGUCUCAUGGUCUUAGUCACGAUCUUCAUCUCCACUGCAACAUUCAUGCGCAACAAAAAAUCCAACCGGAUUCUGCCAAACCGUCGCAUAAGGAGGAGGCCACAGAAACAGGGCUGGAACUUCAAAAACCCUUUCAAGAAACCUGAAACUCCCGGAGAGAAAUUCAAAGUAGAAGAGGAAGAGCAGGAGCCGGAGCCUGAGGUCAUCGUGGAGAAUGUUAACUAUAACAACAAUGUCGGCAAUGUUGUGAGACAAUGGCCCCCACCUCCGCCGCCUUCUGCCCCAUAUAUGCCUCCUCCACCACCACCCCCCUACAUCCCAGGGGAGAGGCCUUGGGCAGUACCCAGCAUCUCAGCGACAAUAGCACCCAAACCUAGGAAGAAGCCAGUGAUAACCAGACAGGACACUAUGAACAAAGCGCUGGUUACAGAGCUCAAGAUGAGACUGGAGCAGAAAAGGUUGUUGAAACAUCAGUAG